GAUCUGUGUACAAUUGCGGCUGGGUAUGUGUAUUCAUCAAAUUUUGCCCCAUUCCAAAUAGAGGAUUGUAAAGAAGUUUCUAAAGUUGACUAAAAACACAUCUUACAAUUAACCCCCAAAGAGCUCUUCAACCAUGUAUCGAGAUAUCGCUACCGCGGGUUUCGCCGACCAAUACCAUAGUUUUCUCAUCUCCGGCCCCCUAAUCUUUCUUGGGACGGCGCUGUGGAUCUUAAUCGUCCUCAAGAAGAGCAGAAAUGGAAAACAUCAGCCGCCACUGCCGCCAGGUCCAAGACCCCUGCCCUUACUCGGGAAUCUGCUCUCGCUCCAACCCGACCUCCACACAUACAUGGCCGCCCUGUCCCAAGUCCACGGCCCCAUAUACACCCUCUGGCUCGGCAGGAAGCCCGGAAUCGUCAUCACCUCGCCCUCCCUAGCUCGAGAGAUCUUGAAGGAUCAAGACACCGCCUUUGCGAACCGCGACGUCCCUGCUGCUGGCCGGGAAGCCACCUUCGGCGGGAAGGACAUCGUAUGGAGCCCACAUGGGCCGGAGUGGAGGAUGUUGAGGAAGAUAUGCGUGCGGGAAAUGCUCAGCAGCUCGGCUCUCGACUCGGUUUAUGAUCUCAGGCGCCGAGAAGUUCGGGGCACGGUGAAAUACUUGUAUGAACAGGCCGGGAGGCGGGUCAACAUCGGUGAGCAGAUGUUCUUGACUAUGAUCAACGUCAUCACAGGCAUGAUGUGGGGUGGCACGAUGAAGGGGGCGGAAAGGGAAACUCUUGGAUCUGAAUUUAGGCAGAUUGUGACUGGUAUUUCAGGCCUGGUGGGUUUGCCUAAUGUUUCUGACUUUUAUCCCGGGUUGGCAAGAUAUGACUUACAAGGGAUUCAGAGGAAGAUGAAGAAGUUGGUUGCUAAGUUGGACAAGAUUUUCCAGACGGUAAUUGAUCAAAGAUUGAGAAUGGGUAGGAGGGAUGAGAUGGAGAGCAGGGACUUUUUGCAGGUAUUGCUUAAGCUAAAAGAUGGAGAAGGUGAUGAGAGAAUACCUUUUACUAUCCCUCAUCUCAAAGCCUUACUCGUGGAUAUGGUUACUGGUGGAACUGACACAACCUCAAACGUGGCAGAGUUCGCCAUGGCCGAGAUCAUGAAGGAACCAAAGGUCCUAAGGAAAUUGCAUGAAGAGAUAGACACUAUAGUGGGAAAGGACAACAUGGUUGAAGAGUCUCACAUUCACCAGCUUCCAUAUUUGUCUGCAGUAAUGAAAGAAACUCUUCGCUUGCACCCUGUCCUGCCACUUUUGGUGCCUCAUAGCCCGAGCAAAACGUGCACCGUUGGGGGAUAUACAGUCCCACAAGGCGCUCGUAUUUUUUUGAAUGUAUGGGCUAUCCAUAGAGACUCUUCUGUAUGGGAAAACCCAUUGGAGUUUAAGCCUGAGAGGUUCUUGGACAACAAAGUUUGGGAUUACUACAAUACAAAAGACUUUGACUACUUUCCAUUUGGUUCAGGGAGAAGGAUUUGUGCCGGGAUCGCCUCAGCUGAGAGGAUGUUCAUGUACACGCUAGCCUCAAUCAUUCACUCUUUUGACUGGAAACUUCCCCAAGGAGAGACAUUAGAGCUCUCAGAGAAGUUUGGGAUUGUGUUAACAAAAAGGGUUCCUCUGGUUUUGAUCCCUACUCCAAGAUUGUCCCACUCAACACUCUAUGAGUAAUUUAACUAUUUAACGUAUAAGGCUAGCAAGAUGUUAGCCACUCAACACUACGUACAGCUACACUUCUUGUCUUAAAAGGCAUAUCCUUAUUCCAAAGUUAAUAUAUAAAAAAUAAGAAUGAAAAUUUAAUAAACAUAUGACUCACUGGGGCACAUGGUCCAAUAUUUUAAGCCCAUUGUUCUUUAAGAGUAUAAAAGUGCUUCGAGUUUAAUUACAUCAUAGUAACUAUAAA